AUGAAGGCGCUCUUCUGCUUGACGUUGGUAUUCAUUGUUGAUUGUUCAACUACGGGAAAAACCAUAAAAGUACCCGACUCUGAUCCGACGCUUCAAUUGAGCAUCGAAGUUGGACAUGUCCAUAAACAGCUCUGGAGGAUGAACGGAGCAGUUGUGAAAUCAGCAUCAAGCUCCCUGGUCGACUGUAAAGAGCUCUUGAAAGGGACUUGUCUUGGACAUAUGGCUAUCCACACGAAUCUCUGUACUGAAUUAAUCUAUAGGAGUGCUGUUCCGCGAUCGAACCAAGAAAUUCAUGAUAAAGUGUGGUGGGUGCCCUCAGGAGGGAACUACAAGGUUUGUUUUCAACUCUAUAUCCUUCAAGCCUUCCGUUACUUCUCCUGUUUCAUUCAGGCUUCAAAAGUCACCGUGAUCACCUCUGGAAAAGCAUACACCACAUACUCCUUUCAAUAUGUUCUACAGAAAAGCAAUUGUGACUUAUACAAAGUUCCAGUUUCUUCACUUAAGAAAUGUCAGCCUAUUGCUCACUUCACGCUGAAAGUGGUGACUGAGGCGUGA